AUGGCUGAUCCAAUCACUCUCGCCGUUGCUGGGGCUGGGGUCGCCGUUGCUCUUGCACAACUUGGUCAGGCUGCGUACCAGGGCCACAAAGAGGACAAGCAGAACCGCAAGAUGUUGCAGAUGGUCCAGCAAAAUAAUGUUUAUGGUUCACCACAGAUGGGAAUUCCGGUCUCGCAGCCCGCCCGACCCUCUCAAAACACCCAUACGCUUGCAAUAUCCCACCAGACCAUGGGUCGACAGUCCACUUUCACGAGUCCAGAUGGCUGGUUCGUGUCCGUUGGACAUGGCCCGGAGGCUCGGUCGUCGGGCACUUUCAUAACCCAUACAACAUCAUACGGCAAUGCGUUCCCCACGAGCCAUGUCAACCCAAACAUUCACGGCUUCUUUCAACCCCCCGCCUUUCUACCGCAAAUGUCGCCGAGCAUGAUGCUUCCGGUCGAACAUACACAUCCAUACACCACAGGAAGGGUCGUGGAACUGCCUCAGCGGAUGCUUUCAUAUCCGAUCGACCAAGCACCUCAGUAUCCCACUGGGAAAACGACUGUGGGAUCGAAGCGUUAUCAUUUCUAA